AUGACCGCGGUGGACAUUGUGACACCCCUACCGACGACUGCGUCGACAGGGGCUUUCACAGUCCAUAUCAAGGACUCGGAGGCCUUGAUCACGAAAGAUGUGGAAGGAUAUUUCGUUGGACCAGAUGCGAAGGUGUCAAGGACGACCACGGUGGAAUGGCCCGCACCUCCCGAGGACGUUGCUGCCGUCAAGCCCUACAUCGUUUCCGUCCUCCCAGCUGGAACCGUUCCCGUCGUACAAAGUGACACUGCUUCGACAUCCACGACUAGCCAAUCCUCUGUAUACCCAACAUCAGUCAUCCAAGUGUAUUCCUCGCUUUCCCUCCACGCCGCCCAAACUCUGCCAUUCCCUUUCAACUCCCCGUCUGGAUCCCAAACUUCGAUCACGACUCCUCCAGCCAAUGCUACACUUCGCUUGCUUACACCGACAUCGUCAAUCAAGUCUCCGCUCUUCCUGAUCAGUACGCCCACUGACAAGACUGCAGCGACCAAUGAGGGCAGUUCGGUAUGGCAAUUCACCAUGAAGCCAUGGCCGGAACAACUGGACGAGCUAGUUUUGGCCGGUCACUACAGUGAUGCUUUAUCCCUGCUGGAUACGUUGGACGAGGCCUCUCUCCCAGACAAGGACCAACGUCGGACGAGAAUACGAGCUCUAAACGCCGUCGCGCAGUUCCGCGCCGGAAAGUUCGACGAAGCCAUCGACACUUUUAUUGCACUCGACUUUAACCCUGCCAAGGUCGUAGCACUCUAUCCGGAGGCCGUGUCGGGACGGUUAGCAGUCCCACAGGAGCGGUGGAUCCCUUUGUAUGGUGGGCCUGUACCCGUGGAACCAUCCUCGGGAGAAGAUUCACAAUCGGUCGCUUCACACGAGAGUGGGAAGCAAGGUUCGGCAGAGGGUGGUAGUAGUGGUGCGACCGGUGAUCAUCCUGGCUCUGUACCCACCGGUACAUCGUUAAGAAACCGGCUGCAAAUGAAGACGACAUUUGGGAUGCUGAUUCCCGGAGGCGGAGGCAAAGACGAUGAUGCCGUUUCUGUGUCGAGCAAGCGGAGGGUACCGAUUCAUGAGACUUUGGUCCGAUUCUUGACAGACCGGCGUCCCAAGUUGUUCAAGGCUUUGGAGGGGGUCAAGAUCACACCAGAGAACCAGACGGAACAGUACCCUCCUUUGUCCAAGACAUCUGUUGACGAUCUGUAUACCUUGCCGGACGCUGCUCUUUCGGCGCUCACACCAGAGCAAUUACUCCGCUUUGCGCAGAUUAUCGACACGGCUCUGUACAAGGCGUAUCUGAUCAUCCGGCCCACCCUUCUCAGUUCACUCUGUCGUGUAGCGAACUGGUGUGAAGUAUCUGAGCUUGAGGAGGAUCUUCGGAAGCGAAAGAAAUUCUCCGAGUUGAAGGACUUGUACCAUGGCAAGGGAAUGCACGCGAAGGCCUUGGAUCUGCUUCGAGAGGUCGCCGAAGACGAGGAUGACCUCGAGGACAAAUUGGACCCUUCGAUACGAUAUCUUCAGCGCCUAGGUCCAGCUCAUCUCGCCCAGAUCUUCGAAUCCGCUCGGUGGAUAUUCGACACCGACAAGGAUAUGGCCUUCAACAUAUUCCUUUCCGAGGAUGUAGAACUGCCAUAUCGACCCGUGGCAGACUAUCUGGAGAAGAUUGAUCCCAAAUUGUGCAUUCGAUACCUUGAACAUAUCAUCUUUGAGAAAGAAGAUCAGUCUUCCGAGUUCCACGACCGGCUGGUUGAACUCUAUCUCAGCCAAACACUUGCGGCGAAGAGACGGGGUGAUGGAGACCUUGAACACCAUAUGUACUCCAAGCUGCUCCAGUUCGUUGACAGCAACCAGUUCUUUACCAUCGACAGGCUUUAUGGAUUGCUCUCCCCGACGGAUCUUUAUGAAGCCCGCGCUAUCCUCCUUGGCAGAUUAGGACGACACGAUCAGGCCUUGGAGCUAUAUGUGUACCGCUUGAACGACUACCUAAAGGCUGAAGAGUAUUGCAAACGAGUGUAUCAAUCGGGAACACCAACGAGCGGAAUCUUCCUCACCCUUCUCCGAAUCUACCUCCGCCCAACAUCCCAAUCCGUCGACACCUCCAAGCUCCUGCAACCUGCCUUGGACCUCAUCAGAAGACACAGUCCGCGUUUAGACUCUGUCGAGACACUUCAACUGCUCCCUCCGCUCGUGACAGCGUACGACGUGAAGGAGUUCUUGAUCGAUGCACUCAGGGUACCCGUGUUUGACACGAGAGUGAUCACCCAAAUUAGCAAGGCUAGGAAUGAUCAUCUGGCCAGGAAGUUGGUUGGGUUGCAGACGAGAAGGGUGAAAGUGACUGAUACACGGAUAUGUCCUCAGUGUCAUAAACGGAUAGGCAACAGUGUGAUUGCCGUUCAUUCCCCUCAUGGUGAAGUAACGCACUAUAAUUGCCGUGAACCCUUUGCUCGUAAACUGGCUGAGACGCGCCGGUGA